AUGUUGUCCAAGGAGGCGCAGGACUUCAAGUCGUUCCGGACGCUGAAGCGGCGCAUGCUGCUCGAGAAGCGGCGCGCGCUCAUGUGGCAGUUCACGCCGUCCCCGGAGCCGGAGGACCCGACCCGGAAGCGCAUCGUCGAAGAGAACGAGGCCGCCCUCAGCAAAAUGAAGGCGGAGUGGGAACAGCGGCACGCGAAGCACCACCAGGAGAACGAGGAGGAGGACGACGCGGUGUGUAGCGCGGACGAAGAGGAGGCCGACCUGUUCCGCAAGUUCAUCGAGGGCCACCGCGAGGAGCUCAUGGAGAUCAAGAAGGCCGCGGAGGUCGAGGAGCCGCAAGAGGACGUCGUGGGCCCCACCCUGCCAGGCACGGCGGGCGACACCGGCGGCGGCGCGGGGGGCUACGGGCUGUACCUGCGGCCGGGCGAGGGCCAGGCGAUGGCGAGCUACGUGCAGAGCGGGAAGCGCAUUCCGCGGCGCGGCGAGGUCGGGUUGGACGCGGACAGCAUCGCGAAGUACGAGGCGGCGGGGUACGUCAUGUCGGGGAACAGGCACGCGCGGAUGAACGCGAUCCGGAUCCGGAAGGAGAACCAAGUGUACACGGCGGAGGAGAAGGCGGCGCUGGCGAUGAUCAACUUCGAGGAGAAGAAGGCGAAGGAGGAGCAGGUGCUGGCCGACCUCAAGGCGCUGGUGGACGAGAAGCUCGGGGAGGCGCAGGGGUAG